CUAAAACACAUUGAUCUGUGAUAUAAAUAUUUGUUUAUCAUCAUAGAACACGUAUUCGUAUUCAGUUAACCUAAACUUAAAACAAGAAGAAAUAUAUGUGAUUAUUCGAAUACGUUAUUUUCAUUUUGGAUAUCGAAUAUAAACAUUCUAAAUGAUAGAUCUCAAUUCAGUUUUUGUUUUGGCAGAAACAUUGGCCACUGAAGUGAAUAACAUCAACAGUGAGAAGGAGACCAUAGAGUUGUUCAUUAUAUAUGGAUGUUUUGGGGUAGUCUUAUUUUAUGGAGUGUCUAAAUAUUUGGAUGUAAAACCAGAGACUGUUAGGACCAUAAACAACAAUUACUUCUUCUAGUAACAAGAAUGGCAGCACCACCACAUCAUUUUAUGCAAAAUUUAAGUAACCCUCAACAAUCAGGUAUGAGGAGUUCUUUCGGACCUUCACCAAUGCAGACGCAAAUGGCACCUGGAGGUAUGCAAAAUGCAAUGCCUAGUCAAAUUCCCAUGUCGAAUCCAAUGGGAAGUCCUAUGGUACCCCAAAUGGCCAAUCCAAUGAAUGGUGCAAUGGGAAAUCAAAUGAAUCCUAACAUAAGUGGGGGCUCUCCAAUGUUGAGUCAAAUGAAUCAACAUUAUAGCAUGAAUAGUCCAAUGAGUACCAGUCAGAUGACUCCUCAUCAAGCUCCAACACAAAUGCCUAUGCAGCAGAGACCAAUGGAGUUUCCACCAGCCUUGAACCAUCAUGAGAUUCCCCAACAACCUCCAGGCGUAGCUCCAACACCUCCUUCCGUUCCUGUUCAACAACAACAGCAGCAGCAGUCCAAGGAAUUCAAUACUGCUUCUCUUUGUAGGUUGGGACAGGAAACAGUACAAGACAUAAUUAGCAGAACAUUGGAGGUUUUUCAAACUCUCAAGCAAAUUCAGCCUCCCAAUGGCACUCCACAAUCUACUAGUACCAGCAAUGAAAAAAAGGCCAAAGUGCAAGAACUUUUGCGUACCAUAAGAGUUCUAUUCAAAAGGCUUCGAUUGAUAUAUGAAAAGUGCAAUGAAAACUGCCAGCUUCAAGGGAUGGAGUACACACAUAUUGAAAGUUUGAUUCCUUUCAAAGAUGAAAUCGACCCAAAACAUGAUGAAAAGAAGAAUUCUGAGGCAUAUAGGUUAGCAUGUGAAGAAAGCAAAGAGGUUAUGGAACAAGUUGUUUUGAAAAAUAAGCAAUUGAAAGAAGUUAUUGAUCAUUUGCGUAGGAUUAUUUGGGAGAUCAAUACAAUGUUGACAAUGAGAAAGUCCUAACUAGUUCUUUAGUUAUGAUAUGUAGGCUUUCACGGCCGGUGUGUAACAAAUUUUCCGAUAUUUUUGGGUUUAUUAGCCGUGGUAUGCAGAUUUUCAUACCUGACGUGUUGUUUGCUACUGCGGCAGACAUUAUGUAGCAAUGGUCGAAGUGAUCUACCUUGCUGCGAUGAGUAAAUUGAAAAUGGCCCUGGUGCGUUUGUACUUAUUAUGGGACUAGGGGUCGGACGAUCAACUGCUCUUGUACCUGAUUGGUCUGACCCUUUGAUUAUUGGGAGAAUCGUUGUGUUAUGAAGUGCCUGUAUCCACGUCUUGUACUCUCUGGUUUUAUCAUGAGUUUGCAUGCUUUUGUAGGCAAUGUUAUGGCUCCCUGAGAGACAGUAUGUUGUGCAACUGCCGAUUUAUCUGUUUGGACAUAGCGACAACCUCUUUUAUGUCAAUCAAUCGCGUUUUAAAGCAUUUUUUCGUGGUUCUGAUGUAGAACGAACAACUACACUGUAUUCGGUAUUCCUGGGGUAUUUUUUGGAUCGCUGGGGUCUUUUGCUGACCUGAGACUAUUCUCUAUCGUUUUCGUGGGAUUGUAAAUGGUCCUAACCUCAUGUUUUUCUUCAUGGCCGUUCGCUCCAGUAUCACUGUCAAGUGUUUCUAUAUGGGUCAUAAGGCUCGGUUAAUUUUGGCCUCGUUAUAUGUUAGCUAGAAACACAUUUCUUCUUGUAGCCCUUCUGGUUCGCUGAUAUGUCUUGCCCUCUCUAGCAGAUUCUUAAUAACCCCUCUUUUCUGUCACAGAUGAUGAUUGAAGUGCUUGGUCUAGUAUCAGGCCGUAUGGGUUGAUUUUCUGUAUAGUUCAUGCCCCAGUCUGCCACUCUGCCAUCUUUUCACUAAUGCAUCCAGAAAAGCGAUUCUUCCUUCCUCUUCUUUCUUCAUUGUAAACUGGAUUUUUCGGGUUCUAAGAAUUCAAAUAUCCUAGAAAUUUUGCCAAUUCCUCUUCCCCGUGACUCCAAACCAAGAAGGUAUCAUCAACAUAUUGCAGCUAGCAGGAAGAUCGGACCGGCGAAUGUUCUAGCGUUCGUCGUUAUAAUUGUUUCAUGUAGAAGUUGACAACUAUUGGAAUUAGUGGACUUCCAAUUGCAACUCCUUCUUUUUGCUCAUAGAAUUUUCUAUCCCACUGGAAAUAUUUUGAUGAUAAGCAAUGUUCAAAUAAGGUGGGGUGAUCUCUGGAGAAAAGAAUCCGCUGAUGAGUUCCAAUGUUUCACUAACCUGAACUAUUGUGAAUAGAGAUGCAUGAAAACUCACAGUUUGUGCAUCACAGCAAGGUAGAUCACUUCUAUUCUGUCUAUCGCAGAAGCGGACGAAACGUCAGGGAUACAGACCGCUAAUAAAGCCGGAAAGAUCCAAACAAUUUGUUAGUUCUUUAGUAUAUCAAAUUAUUGCAGUUGUUUCAUUGGUGUUUAAAAAAAAAUAUCAUUUUUAUUAAUUCCAUUACUAAGGUUAGUAAGGUUUGUUUUGCGUAUUUAAGAUGAUGAUUAAUUCUUUUUAUGUGUUUGUUAUAUGUAUGAUGAUAUGUAUAUGAAUUUUUUCUGGGUUUAUUAAAUAUUAUUCAUUAUUCAGUUAGUGAA